AUGAAGCAGGCCGUGCUCUUGGCUACCCUUGCCCCUCUGGCGUCGCUGAGCGGCGUCCAAGCAAAUGCUGAUAUCUGGAUCACCGCCAUUUGGGAUGAUUUCAAGGAGGCCGUGGACUGUGCCAGUUGCCAGGCUCUUCUGGGUGGUCUCAAGCUCGUUGCUGAUUUUGGUGAAUCUUUCCUGCAGGAUGUUCUGACUGGUGUGUGUGAUAUCAGUGGUGCCGAAGACUCUGACGUCUGCUCCGGUAUCAUCGCAGCCGAAGGGCCAGCGGUGUACUACUCUCUCAGGAACUUAGAACUGGGCUCCCACACAGCCAAAACGUUCUGCUCCAAUCUGGUCGGUCUUUGCGACUAUCCAGCGGUUCGACCGUAUAAUCUACCCUUCCCUUCACCGAAACCAAAAACAAGUCGACCACCACCAAGCGGGAAACCCCCGAUUAAAGUCGUCCACUUCAGCGACACCCAUGUCGACCUAUUCUACGAGACCGGCUCCAGCUUCGAUUGCACCAAACCCAUCUGCUGCCGAGCAUACACCGAAGACGAUGCCCCGGGAAAAACCUCAUCUCCAUGCGGCCCCUGGGGCAACGCCAAAUGCGACCCACCGCGUCAACUCCAACAGAGCAUGAUGAACGCCAUCGCCUCCCUCGACCCCGCCUUCUCAAUCUACACAGGCGACGUCGCCGCCCACGACGUGUGGGAAAUAACCAAAGCCGAAGUCCUCGAAGACUUCAAUGUAACCUACGGCGCCAUGGAAUCAACCCUCGGCCUGGUCUACGCUGCCAUAGGAAACCACGACGCCGCACCCCUGAACCUCUUCCCCACAACCAACAUCCCAAGCACCUACAACCCCCAAUGGGCCUACGACACCCUAACGACCGCCUGGCAGGCCCUAACCUCCAACAACCCAGCCAUCUCCACCGCAAAAGAGUACGGCUCCUACUCAGCCCUCCACAAAAACACCAAAUUGCGCAUAAUCUCCUACAACAGCAUGUUCUACUACAAAUACAACUUCUUCUCCUACGAAGAACCAAUGGCCUUCGACCCAGACGGACAGCUCGCGUGGCUAAUCUCCGAGCUUUCCGCCGCCGAGUCCGCCUCCGAGCGCGUCUGGCUCAUCGCUCACAUCCCAAGCGGCAAUGCAGACCAUUUCCACGACUACUCGCACUACUUGGACCAGAUAGUCGAGCGGUACGAGGCUACAAUCGCGGGUUUGUUCUUCGGACAUACGCAUACGGAUGAGUUCCAAAUUUCCUAUUCUGAUUAUGAGCAUCGGACCUGGGAUACGGCGACGGGUAUGGGAUAUGUUGCGCCUUCGAUGACGCCGACGUCGGGGCCGCCUUCGUUUAGGGUUUAUGAGGUUGAUCCUGUUACGUUUGCUGUGUUGGACUUUACGCAGUUUAUUGCUAAUAUUACUGAUUUGAAGACGGAGCCGCAGUGGGUGGAAUAUUAUUCGGCGAAAAAGGCUUAUGGGAGUAAGUUGGAGGUUCCGUUCCAAGGGGGUGAGUUGACACCAGCUUUUUGGCAUAAUGUUACUGUGGCGAUGGAGAAAGAUGAUGCUCUCUUCCAGGAGUUUUGGGCCAGACGCACGCGCGGGUUUGAGGUGCCGGGGUGUGAGGGAGAUUGUGUGAGUAACGAGAUUUGUGCUCUGCGUGGUGCGGAUGCGCAGUAUAAUUGUGUUGAAAUCACGCCAGGGUUUAGCUUUGAGAAGCGUGAGGAGAGGAGUGUGUUGCUGGAGAAGCGGUCCCAGCCGGAGUGUAAUCAUGCAGGGAUGGCGCCCUUGUUGGUGAAGAUUGCCCAUCGGGCUAGUUUGGCUAGGGAGAUGGAGUGUUAUAUGGAGUCGGAAUGGUGA